AUGACGAUUGGCUCAUGAGCCGAUUUCGUUUCCCCAGGCCAGUAUUACUGGAGCUGUGCGCAGAGCUGCGGCCGGCCCUAGAGCGCCACACAGCCAGGAGCCAGGGGUUGUCCGUGCCCACACAGGUGCUGACCACGCUGGGGUUCCUGGCAACAGGGGCCUUCCAGCGGGAGCUGGCCGAUCGGUCAGGAGUGUGCCAGUCCACCCUGAGCCGAGCCAUGCCAGCUGUGUGGGACGGAAUCAUCCGAAUGUCAUCCAGCAUGGUUGGGAACAGGCUGGAGGCUGGCACUGUGCGCGAUGGGUGGCUUCUGGGGGACCGUGGCUACCCCCUAAGAACGUGGCUGAUGACCCCUCUUACGAACCCCAACACCGACCAAGAGAGGAGGUAUAAUGACCUCCAUUCCCGGACGCGAAUAAUUGUGGAGAGGGCAAUCGGCCUGCUGAAGGGACGGUGGCGAUGCCUGGACAGGUCGGGGGGGAUGCUACUCUACAGACCUGAGAAGGUGUGCCACAUUGUGAUGGCCUGUGGCGUCCUCCACAAUGUGGCACACCACCAUGGCAUACCACUGCCAGAGCAGCACAACCCCCCACUGGAGGAACCGGAUGCCGGACCCGUCAACUGCAACCCACCCCGAGGAGCCAUACGGGCCCGGCAGAAUGUGAUUUCAAGCAUGUGUAGCGCACAGCUCGGUUGAGGACACGGCCGGUCGGGUGGUUGGCAGAUGAAUUGGAGGCGCCGCGUGCAGCGGAGCCGGUGGAGAAACCGGAGUCAGCGGUGACGCUGGAGACGCCGGGGCCGACGGAGGAGACGCCGGGGCUGGAGACGCCGGGGCCGACGGAGGAGACCCCGGGGCCGACGGAGGAGACCCCGGGGCCGACGGAGGAGACGCCGGGGGGCUGGAGACGC